AUUUUUCCUUUGUUUACAGAGAGACCUCGCCUCCGUCGCCGAUGGGCGACGCGAAGGAGUCUAAGAUGAGCCAGAUACAGUUCUCACCUCCUUUCGAAAAACAGGAGAGCUCGGUGUGGCAGAAACGUCAACAGGCGGUGUGUGUGCGGCACGCGUUCAAGCACUACGGCUCCAAGAAGCGACCCAACCAUGUGCUCAGCAACCUCAACAUGACCGUCGCUAAGGGUACCAUAUACGGUCUUCUGGGAGCGUCUGGAUGUGGUAAGACGACUCUGCUAUCCUGCAUCGUCGGAAGGCGGAAACUGAACAGCGGCGAGAUAUGGGUGCUCGGGGGCAAACCUGGCACCAAAGGUUCUGGAGUACCCGGCAAACGGGUAGGCUACAUGCCCCAGGAGAUCGCACUAUACGGCGAGUUCACGAUCAAAGAGACCAUGAUGUACUUCGGCUGGAUCUUCGGAAUGGAGACCAAGGAGAUUGUGGACCGACUGCGGUUCCUGCUUGACUUCCUCGACCUACCCAGCGAGAACAGAAUGGUUAAGAACCUUAGUGGUGGUCAACAACGUCGUGUAUCGUUCGCUGUGGCGCUGAUGCAUGACCCUGAGCUGCUGAUCCUGGACGAGCCGACAGUAGGAGUGGACCCACUGCUGCGUCAGUCCAUCUGGACGCAUCUGGUGCGCAUCACCAGCUCCGGAGACAAAACCGUCAUCAUUACCACACAUUAUAUUGAAGAAGCUAGGCAGGCGCAUUGUAUCGGUCUGAUGAGAAGCGGUCGCCUCCUGGCUGAGGAGUCACCACAGGCGUUACUGCAGAUGUACAGCUGUAUAUCUCUUGAAGAUGUGUUCCUCAAGCUGUCUAGGAAACAAGUGGACCAACAUACCCAACAAACAGUUUCUCUUCCAGGCCAGGCCAACCAAGUGGUUGAGCUGAAUGUGACCGGUGGAGCUCUGGGACUGAAUAAGAUGUCCAAGAGAGAGGAAGCUCCUUACGCAGCUGAGGAUGCUCAAGUUGUAGGUCUGGUGUUCCACCAAAGCAAGGAAGUGCUCAUCGUAGACCAUGGUGCAGGCUCGAAUGGAGAUAUUCCCGGCAAAGUAACGGACGUGACACCUGACUGCGAUGACUGCGGAGACUGUCUAAACUUUACAUCUCGCGGGAAGAUAAAGGCGUUGAUCCAGAAGAACUUCCUCAGGAUGUGGAGAAACAUUGGUGUGAUGCUGUUCAUCUUCGUGUUACCUGUCAUGCAAGUCAUUCUGUUCUGUCUGGCUAUUGGAAGAGAUCCUAGUGGACUAAAGCUGGCUAUUGUAAACGACGACGUCCGCAUCAUCGAUGGUUACUGUCCGUAUAACUCGUCCUGCUCUAUGAAGAACCUAUCGUGUCGAUACCUGGAUAAUCUGAACAAUCAUACGAUAAAGGAGUACUAUGCGAACCUCACGGAUGCCCUGAAAGCAGUCGAGGACGGGGAGGCCUGGGGAGCGCUCUACUUCAACGAGAACUACACUGACUCUCUUGUUGCGAGACUGGCUUUGGCUGACACGGCUGACAACGAAACCAUCACAUCUUCGGAAGUACAAGUGUGGCUCGACAUGUCCAACCAACAGAUCGGACUCAUGCUGAACAGGGACAUACAGUUUUCGUACAGGGACUUUGCUAAGGACUUGCUACAGACUUGUGAAUACAAUCCGAAGCUAGGCGACAUUCCUAUCGACUUCAUGGACCCCAUCUACGGCAACAAGAACCCUUCGUUCACUGAUUUCGUCGCGCCAGGAGUUAUUUUGACUAUCGUAUUCUUCUUAGCCGUCGCCCUAACAUCAUCAGCGCUGAUCGUGGAACGUAUGGAAGGUUUGCUGGACAGGUCCUGGGUGGCUGGAGUGUCCCCCGGUGAGAUCCUGUUCUCCCACGUGGUGACUCAAUUCGUGGUGAUGUGUGGACAGACAGCUCUGGUGCUCAUCUUCAUGAUAUCCGUGUUCGGAGUCAAGAAUAAUGGAAAUAUCGUGUUCGUCAUCAUGUUGACUCUGCUGCAGGGUCUCUGCGGCAUGUGCUUCGGCUUCGUGAUAUCCGCAGCUUGCGAGCUAGAACGAAACGCGAUCCAGCUGGCUCUCGGCUCCUUCUACCCGACACUACUGCUCAGUGGCGUCAUCUGGCCCAUCGAGGGCAUGCCCUGGGUACUACGAUACGUGUCACUUUGCUUACCACUGACUCUCGCGACCAACUCGCUGCGGUCCAUCCUCACCAGAGGCUGGCCUAUUACCGACCCCGAAGUAUACAUGGGCUUCGUCUCAACGCUAGCCUGGAUCGCCCUCUUCCUAAUCGUCACAUUAACUAUUUUGAAGUUCAAAAGAAAUUAA